UUCUUUGUUAUUUUGAGAAAAUGAAUAUGCCUAAGUGAGUCAAUUGUCCCCCACCACCCACCACCCUUUAUAUUCCCUCUAUCUUCUUUCUCCAAUCUCCUCUCUCACUCUUUCUAUUACUCUCUCUCCUCUCACACAAAUCUCACUCACUUAAUGGGUAGAACUCCUUGUUGUGACAGAGAACACACAAAUAGAGGAGCUUGGUCCAAAGAGGAAGACGAACGCCUCAUUAACUAUAUCAAGCUUCAUGGGACAACCAAUUGGAGAUCCCUUCCCCAAUCAGCAGGCUUGCUUCGAUGCGGCAAAAGUUGCAGACUCAGAUGGUUGAAUUACCUAAGACCCAAUAUCAAGAGAGGGAACUUCACUGUAGAAGAGGCCAACCACAUCAUUCACCUCCAUGGCUUACUAGGAAACAAAUGGUCUCAAAUAGCUGCAACUUUACCUGGUCGAACUGACAAUGAAAUAAAAAACUAUUGGAACACAUGCCUAAAGCGUCACCUCAUAUCCCUUGGCAUCGACCCUGUAACCCAUAAUCCAUUGGAAAAGAUCACAACAACUCCAGAAGCUAACUCUCAAGCGUCCGGGUCCGGGGUCACCACCACAAGCGACAUCCACUAUUUUGAUGUUUUUCUCAAUUCAAAGGUGGAGAUUAGCACUGAUUAUGCAGCUGGUGAAGAAGACUCAAGUAGCAACAAUGUUGUUACUACCAGCAUAGAGGAAGUUCAUCCUCCACUUAUCAACUUGGAUCUUUCCUUAGCUCCACCCUCCCAACCCCAAGAGCAACAAGAACAAGUUUUGUCCCAACGUAUGUGCUUGAGGUGCGGUCUAGGGUUGCAAAGUAACCCAUCUUGUAGUUGUCAAGCCAUGGUUUCUGUUGUUACUGCACCUGUUAGUAACAAUGUUGAGUAUCAGUUUUUUGGGAUUUGAGGUUUACAAGUGAGGCUUAAUAAGUUGUCCUUAAUGACAUUUGACAAUGGCCAAGGAUAGUAGUGGUAGAAAGAACUCUUUCAGAAUUUUUCGAAUGACUUUGCUUUCAAUGAAUUGUUUAAAUUAAAACUUUGGGUUUAUUUCAUAUAUAUGUCAAUUUAUUUCA